UACAAUUUUUGCUGAAACCAAACCAUUGUUUGACUCGAAGAUCAGCUGGGAGGAAGAUAGAAUGGCAGGUGCUUCUAUUCGGAAUGUCGAAUUUGUACGGACGGGCUACGGCAAGAACACAGUGAAGGUUCUGUGCAUCAGGAGACAGGGCGGCCAACAUGACAUCAUCGAGAUCAAAGCAGACGUCCAACUCACUCUCAAGUCCCGCAAGGAUUAUCUCACCGGAGACAACUCAGACAUUAUCCCUACUGACACUAUCAAGAACACUGUCCAUGCUUUGGCUAAAUUCAAGGGGAUCAAAACCAUUGAGCAGUUUUCUUUGGAUCUUUGUCACCAUUUCCUGACCUCUUUCAACCAUGUGCUGAGAGCCAAGGUGUACAUGGAGGAAGUGCCAUGGAGAAGGCUGGAGAAGAAUGGAGUUGAACACGCCCAUGCCUUCAUUUACAGCCCGGAAAGCUGUCGCUUCUGUGAUGUUCAACAACAUCUUCAGGGCAUCCCAGAGGUCCACGGUGGACUCAAGGACAUGAAGGUGCUGAAAACCACUCAGUCUAGUUUUGUUGGUUUCCUCAGAGACCGGUUCACCACGUUGCAAGAGGCCAUGGACAGGUGCCUCUGUACCACUGUCUAUGCCAGGUGGCGCUACAACAAGGUUCAAGAUGUCAACUUUGAAGCUGCAUGGAAAUGUGUCAAAGAUACAAUUAUUGAGAAGUUUGCAGGCCCAUUUGAUCAUGGAGAGUUCUCCCCCUCUGUGCAGAAGACCCUUUAUGAUACACAAGUGCUAGUUCUCACUAGGGUUCCUGAGGUUGAUGAAAUAGAGAUCAUCAUGCCCAACAAUCACUACUUCACAAUCGACAUGACAAAAAUGGGCAUUGAGAACAAGGGGGAAGUUCUUCUUCCCCUCGACAACCCCUCAGGAAACAUCACAGGAACUGUGCGCCGGAAGCAAGCCAGACUGUGAAGACAUAAGCCAAAAUAUAGAAUAUACUGC